AUACAUAUUGUGCUGGAGGAAAGGUACAUGGGUGAGAGCACAAAUCCAUGUGAACAAGUUAUCCAAAUCAUUACAAAGGAUGUGACAAAUGCAAGUUUAGAGAUAACAGUGAGCACAGGCCAUUCAUCAUUGUACGUUUUCAUUAAAUUUUUUAUAUUGUAAAAUGUUUUUAAUCAAGAAAGUAACCCUGAAUUUAGUUAACUCGACCAUCUUAUUUAUUACUCAGUAACUUACUCUACUCUGGCGUUGUGGUGAUCUGACGUCGUGGAAUGACAUCACACAGGAACCAGUGAAGAAAGCCUGACAAAUCAAGAUGGCGACCUACACCGAAUCAGGAAAGAGGUUUCAGUUUAAAUAAAACUGAUCCCGAAGUCAGUUUUAACAAGAGUGUCAGCGCAGUUGGGCGUCGUUCGGUUUUUGACAGGACAAGACGGAGCAGAUACUGAUCCUCUAAAUGGCUGCGAGGAAGUCUGGAACAGAUGCACACAACAAUGGACCCAUCAGCUACCUUGAUGACGUUCCCUUCAAGAUAAAUGAUAAAUUUCGCUGUCCAGCCAAAGUGGGAUUGCCUGUCGGCUUUUGUAUGCCAAACACGGGGUCCUUUCUUGCGGACAUGCGGUAUGACUUUACAUUGGAGAGGCGAAGUGUACGCUGGGGGAUAGAGCUUGCUGAAGCCAGAGCUGCAGAGGCCAGAGCAGAAGAGGCAGCAGCCAAGCGGGAAGCAGAGAACCAGGAGUCUUUGGCCAAAGGCCAGGACAUUGAUGGUGGUGUAGGGAAAAUACCCAGAUCUACUACAGAGGACCAGGAUCUUCUUCCACCAGCGCUGAACCCCGUUCUGGCAGGGCUGAGCCACAAUGCCAUCCUCACUCCACUGCCUGCCCCAAGCCUUGGCCCCAGAAAAACUCAGCCUAGCAUCCCUCAGCCACACAGCCUCAACCUAGCAGACUUCGAACGAGAAGAAGACCCCUUUGACAAGCUAGAACUUAAAACAUUGGAUGAUAAGGAAGAGCUAAGAAGCAUCCUACAGAGUCAGCCCCAACCUCAUUCCCAGCCUCAACCACCUCCAGCUGUGUCUGAACCAGAGGCCUCACAGCAGCAGUCAGCAUCUCGUGGAAACAGCCCAUCUCCACCCAGCACCAACAACAGCCUCUCUGUCAAACCAGGCUUUGCCCACAAACCCAAUGGGUUAGUUGCCUUGCUGGAAAUGGACAGAGUUGGGCAUCCUGGAAGAGUAGGCUUUGAUACUGACGAUCGGCCAUGUAACAUCCGCUCUUUGACUUUUCCCAAACUUUCUGAUUCUGGUGACCCCGAGCCAAUUAAUUACAGUCCACUCCCUGUAGCCCUUCCUGUACUGCGACAGAGACUACCCAAUGGCAGCCCGCCAACCCCACCAAAAACACAAGUUAUUGUUGCCCCAGAACCACUCACCUAUAACGAGAAUGGCACACCAAAGCCGGCCAACCCAGGGUCAGUAUGCUCUGGUCUGCCGUGUGGUGGAGCUCUUCUCAGCAUGACACCCAGUGAACGUCAGUGUGUGGAAACACUUGUGGGCAUGGGCUACUCCUAUGAAGGAGUCCUACGGGCCAUGCAUAGACAAGGACAGAAUGUGGAGCAGGUACUGGAUUACUUGUUCAUUCAUGGCCGUCUGUGUGAUCGGGGGUUUGAUGCAAGUGCAGUAGAAGAAUGUUUAGAGAUGUACCAGUGUUCAGAAGAAAAGGCCUUGCAGUUUCUUGAGCUCAUGUCAAGAUUUGGUGAAAUGGGAUUUGAGCGGGAUGCCAUCAAAGAGGUGCUUCUAGUCCACAACAAUGAUCAGGACAAGGCACUGGAGGAUCUGAUGGCGCGUGCCACAGCUAGCUGAGCCAAGUCAGUCAGCUAACCAAAGCUCUGCCCGGGGCACGUUUCCUGCUAUCAUCCAACAGCCCUUUUCCCUUUGCCUACCUUAUAUUACCACGCCCUGACCUUGCUGUGGAAGUGACAGCGGGGAAACUAUUUCUCUUUGUGCUAAUACAUUUUAUGUCUCAGCACUUCAGAAAGUUGUGUGCCUAGAUUGGAGGGACCUGAACUGUAACAUUACCUUGUGGUUGUCCCGGGACUUGGUACUACUAGUUUAUCCAAGAAGAGGAUGAAUAACUGAGCCGAGAGGGAUAAACUGGAAGAUUUGGGGCCAUGGCAUUCAGAUGCCAUACUGAAAUCCUUCCUCUAGGAAGUGUUUAACUGAAAGACGGUGAAACUGCAGAACUGAAAGGGGAGAAACCAGAGACCGGUUCUGCGAACAUCAUCGAAAGAACAGUCUGAACUUUGGAAACUCCCAAACAACUAAGCUGCCAUCUUCCACUGCUCAAUGCAGACCUACAACGUGCUGGUGGGGAUCGAAAGGGCCCUAGACGGGGCUCUCUAAACCUCAACCUGUUUGCAGUGAAAGAAAACAUAGAAGGCACAGCCUCCAGACGGAGCUGACUCUCAAAAAGUGCCCUCUGAGCUGUUGUGCCCUGCACCUAUUUCUGUUUUACGUUGUGCUUUCAUUUAUUCAUGUUUCUGUUCAUUUUUGGCACUUUUACAUGUCAGUUUAAGGUUUCCAUUUCUUUGCUUUCUGUUUUAGGAUUUCUGUAAUAGAUGUUUAAUCAUUACAAUUCAGACGAUGAGUACUACUAGUCCAUUGUACUCUUUGACCUGCACUGGAGUAUCCUGCUACCAUAGGGGGAGAUGGAAAGAGUUACUCUGGGGGAAAUUUAGAAUGAUCCCAGGGCUCCUUGUCAUUAACGUGUCGCAUACUGCACAGGCACAAAAGUUUCCUAAUUCACAUCUAUUUAAACAUAGUACACUGACACUUUGAUUUACAAAUAAAGAGUUUGAUACAAUAUUGUAAGAUACGUUAACAAGUGUGAUGCUAUAAACUGUUGUGAACGUUUGUUUGCAGAAUGAGUGAGUGGUUAAAAAAAAAAAAAGAAAAGCAAGUUGUAAGUGAGGGUUGUUUUGGCAGCCACAUCACAGUGCAAUAGAGACAUUUCAUGUGACUUUUAACUGGCACUUUGAGCCUCAAAUAAUUGUUGGAAUAAGCAGAAUGGUAUUUAAGCUUAGAUGGUAAUUUGAUUGAAAGUAGAGAAGGUUUGAUUUGUCAUUCAUUCUGUUAUUGGAGUUCAGACCACAAAAUAUAAUCAAACCUGACUUUGGAUUGUUGAUUGUCCAUUUCUUUUCCCAUCUCAUGUGUAUUCAUUUCAAUUUGGUUGGCAUCUCCACAGUCCUAAAUGCAAAAUUAAGAAGUAAAAAUGUUAAACACAUUUCCUGAUUUUGAAUGGAUGCAGUUAUAUAGAAGCCGAGCAGGGUUCUUUUUUUUCCUUCCUCUUUUUUAAUGUGACAACGGACCUCUUGAGUUCAUUGUGUAAAAUGCCUGUCUGCUCAUUUGCAACUUGGGCAAAGUUAGUUAAGAUUUCUAUGAUCUUGAGCUCUGUGGUUUUUGUUAGGGAUUGUGAGAGGCAUGGUCACAGAUUAAGGGCUUAAAGUUGGUGAAAAUGUGACUGAAAACUGGCACAUUUCGCCUGGGGCUUUGUAGUCCACUGUUCACAUGUUAGGAAAACCUUUCUAACAACCAACCUGGUUGAGAACAAAGUGGUGAAAUUGUGCUUUAUUGCCAAUUUGCUUAAUUUGCUUGAUAAAAAUAGAGGUGGGGUAAUUGUUUGCAGAACAUAAACUGCAAAUAUGAAAGGUGAUGGCAGGAAAUUCCCUCCCUGAGCCACUCACACUCUGAGACACGCUGCCGCAGAAGGUUAUUCAUGUCCAUAUCAACAUGCCAGAGUUGCUAAAGUGAACCAGCCAGCGCUGAAUGUCUCACACAUUCUUAGUGUGACUGACAACUGUUUGGCAGAAAUGUUUUUAUUUGACCUUCCUUUUGUAAUUACUGUGAAAGGAUGAUAGACUUACCUAAGUGAAGCUCACAAAAGUGUUAUUGUCUCCAUGCUUGACUAAAGAGUGGUUUCGAAGUUCAUGAGUCAGGGCCUAUCAUUCGAUGUAAAUGUCUGGACCUCCUCUAGCUGAUCCGCCUUCUCAGUUUCUUCUGAGCUUUGAGUUGGACUUGCUCCACAUUAUCAGGGGAUGGGAUGGUUAAGGAUUUAUACAUUAAAUCAUUUUUUGACCUGCUACAUGAUUAAUGAAAUGUCAACUGUUUCAGUGGUACACCGAAAUGGUGGUGAGCUCUGCGUUCCUUCAACUCAUGAUAUAAUUUCCAAAAUGCCACGUUUCCUUGUGAAUUAUUUGGAAAAUUCACACGAUUAAAUGUGCAUUUCUUUCCACUGCUCAGACUGU